GCUACGGCAUGUGGGAGCUCCAUCUGGAGAGCACCUCCAACUACAGCUUGUCCGUGACUGCCAACUCGACCCUGGCGUGGUUGGGAGAGUUCUGCAUCCUGGACCCGUCGCCGCCGCACCCACACUACCGCCCCGCCGAAGGACGUCCGCUUACCAACACUGUGUAUUACCUUGAGGUUAUGUUAGUGGGAUACCUGGAGAGCGAAGUCAUAGACGUGCACCUCGUCGAGUUCGUUGAUGUGUCCGGCUCGCUCCUCCGCACGAUCCCUUAUGACGAGGGAAUCGACGACGUCUUCUACAUCCGGUCUGAACCUCUUCCCGAGCAGCAUUUCUACAUGAAACUCUAUGGCAAAGUCCACUCCGGGAACACGUUCAGCCGACUUCAACCUGUACUGAUUACGCCCGUGAAGGCAAGUGUGGAAGUACUCGCGACUUCGGAUGACCUGUCCGCCAAACCCGGUCACGUCGCACAGGGAGACUUCCUUGUGACAAACUUCGGCCUCGAGUCUGACUUCAACAUCACCGGCACAGACAGCGGAAAGUUCUUGCAGUAUAUGGAGCCCACUGUGAUCCACCUGACGGAGGGCGGCAGCGGGACGGUGACGGCGCACUUCAAGGUGAAGACUGGCACCGCCCCUGGCACUGUCAGCACGGUCAUGGUCACGGCACAGAGCCUCAAGCAGACGUAUUCUGUCAACACCGCUAUCACCCACUUCCACGUCGUGCCGAAGACGGAGGACGACGUUCCCCCGACCUGCACUCUCGCAAACGAACCAGACUGCACCGGAUUCACCUACAACGGCAUCUGCAGCCAAAAGAACUGGACGGUCGAAGCAACAAUCCAGGAUCUUGGCUCUGGUUUGAGCAACGUUUAUGCUCGUCCUGAUGGCAUCGCGUCUGUGGUGGCUGGGCUGGCGCCUGGCACCAAAGAUCUCGUGAAUGUGACGUACUCUGCCGACUGUUGCUCCUCUCAAGUGGACAUCAUCGGUGUGGAUACGCAGGGGAACGUUGGGAAAUGCGUUAUCGACAUGGGGGCUCUGGGAGGUUACAUCCUGGACUUGGAGGCGGAGGACGUGGGCGAGACGUGGGUGCUCCUGCGCUGGGAAAUCACCUCCUCUGACCUCGAUCUCCACAAGUACCGCCUCCUCAUCAACAACGACUUCACGCAGGAAUUCUUGUGUAGGGAGCCCAUAUGCCACCACAACGUGACGUACCUGGACCCAUGCAGCCUCCAGUCUUUCGAGCUCACGCCUCACUUCUACGUCGGGGGGGCAGACCGUGCAGGGCAGCCGGCAUAUACAAAGGCUACUACACUCGACACCGAUCCUGAAAUGCCUUCCAACGGCGUGCAGGUCAACGCCACUUUAGGCACGAUCACGGUAUCUUGGGACGCCGUCAGCUCCAAGUGUGUCAGUCAGUUCGAGGUGUGUUACCGGCCCUUCGGAUUCGACGCCACUGAAAUCUGCGAACGGACGGCGCUCCCGAACUACACGCUGCAGGGGGUCGAGGCCUGUGCCGUCUACGAGGUGUCGGUGCGCGCGGUCUCUCCCUCGGGGCGUCGCAGCCAGGCGCUCGAGUUCUUUGUCAAUAGCGAGGAUGCAGAACCCGAAGCGCCCCGCAACGUACUGGUGGACCUCGUGAGGGAGUUCUCGGUCACCAUCACGUGGGACGAUCCUCUGCUUCGAGUUCACUGCAUCGACAGGUACGUCAUUUCCUACGGCGAAGUGAAGAAGACUGUUCCCCUCAUAGAAAGAGCCGUCCGAGGUGAGCACUAUGCCACAGUGUUCCCUCUCCUUCCUUGCACGAAUUAUACCAUUGACGUGUUUGCUGUCUCGAUCACGGGGAAGGCAGGACCCGGAGUGAGACGGAGCGCUGCCACGUUGGAAGAUCCAGACCCUGAACCAGUCAACAGCCUCCUCGUGAACAGCGCUAACACAAGCUCCUUGCACGUAACCUGGGCGUCGCUCGAGAACUGCGUCGAUCACUACCACGUCUGUUACUACGACCCGAGCACGCCCUUCGAAACGUGCCAAGAUGUAACAGAAAAGGAGAUUCGCCUCCGUGACCUCAAACCUUGCACAUCUUACACCGUCUUCGUUAGUACAGUUUCUUUCUCUGGAAUCGUCAGCAACAGGACGUCUCAAUCGUCACGCACUCUGGAUGUCCAGCCCGGAGAACCUCAGAACUUGCGGGUAACAAGCGAAACGGCACACACCAUCGAGAUCAAGUACGACCCACCGACGACCAACCCCCAAUGUGCCAACGAGUACGACAUCCAGCAGAUAAAACUCGACAGCUAUAGACACGCAUCACAGCCCGAGUUCCUGCACGAGAGCAUCUUCUCCGACAUGGAGGCGUGCACGGACUACGAAGUGCGUGUGAGAGCCGUGUCGACCGAUAAGCAGGCCAGUUCGUGGGUGUCGACCAACGCCUCAACCUCGGAAGACGUUCCUAGCGAACCACAGAGCUUCGAAGUGCUUGAAACGACCGCCUCGACUGUGACUUUGGUGUGGUAUCGACCCGAGGAGAACGGUCAGUGCGUGAGUCAGUAUGCCCUCGCGUGGUCUGCUCCUGACGGGUCCUCUUACUCCAAGACGGUGACGCCCUUGGACUUCCAGGUGGAGGAGAACGUGACUGGCCUAACCGCGUGCUCGGAGUACCACUUCAACGUCACCGGAGUCACCUCGUCUGGUGCUCGUGGGACGUCGGCUGUAAUCAACGCUGUCACCGCUGGCUGCCUCUAGUCCUGACGGUGGAGGCUGUUGGAGGAGUGAAUAAAAUAAAUUCUUUUCAUAUAUCACAGGAUAGAACGCCGAUUUAAACGAGCAUGAUGAUGUGAUGCGUCUUUAAGUGUGGAUGGGAGUCUUUUUCAUUUAACUUUCCAUGCUUUGCGAAAGCGUUGUUAGCGAAUCAUUAAUGUUUACUUGUUUGUAUCUUUCACCAUUGAUAUGCAAUAUGCAUGUUUUUACGGCAAAGCCAUUCUGUAUAUGUAUUAUUGUAUUAUGGAUAUUAUCUUACCCGUUAAAAAGGAUAUUGAGUAAAAUAUAUCUUUAGUUGUUGAUAAGGGUAUAGAAAUAAAAGACAUCCUUGAUCUA